GAUGCUGGGCACCACCACUGUGUUUUUGGCUCUGAUUUUGGGUCUUCUCCUCAUACAUUUUGUUAAACUCUGCAUAUGGGCAGCAAAGCUUCCCCCUGGACCUGUUCCCUUGCCAAUCAUUGGGAAUCUAUGGACUCUGAGGUUCGAACUCCAUCCCAGAACUCUGAUGAAGCUAGCAAAGACGUACGGAAAUGUCAUGACCAUCUGGGUAGGUCAAGCUCCUAUUGUAAUUCUGACUGGAUCCGAAUCUGUCCGGGAAGGUCUGGUCACCAAUUCCGAACAGCUUUCUGGGAGACCCUUGACACCGUUCUUGAACUUUUACUCUGAGGGAAACGGCAUCAUUGUCUCCAAUGGAGAAAACUGGAAACAGCAAAGACGUGUGGGGUUGCAGAUCCUACGCAAUUUGGGUCUUGGGAAAAAAAGUUUGGAGUGGAAAAUUCAAGGAGAGGCUAAUCGACUGGUGGAUGUAUUUACUUCAAAGAAAGGAUCCCCCUUUGAUCCCAGAUUGUUUAUAAUCAAUGCGGUAAACAGUGUGAUUUCUUCAGUUAUCUUUGGUCAUAAUUUCUCAUUGGAUGACCAGACCUUUCAUCAUUUGACUGAAUCCUCAGAUUCUGUGUCCAAUUUCUAUGGCAGCAGCUGGGGGCAGCUUUAUGAUGCUUUCCCUUGGCUGAUGCGCCAUCUUCCAGGACCUCACCAAGACGCCAUGAGACAUUUACAUUUUUUAAUGGAUUUUUUAAUGCAGGAAAUUAGGCAACACCAACAAAACCCAUCGACUGAACCACAAGAUUUUAUUGACUAUUAUCUAAAUCCAAUCUCCAAGAAUAAGGAUGAUCGUUCUUCCAUGCUGGAUGAGAGGAACCUCCAACAAAUCCUGCUUGACUUUUUUUUGGCUGGUUCUGAAACGGUUGCCUCCACACUGCGGUGGGGCCUGCUUUACAUGGCAUUGUACCCAGAAAUUCAAGCAAAAGUUCAACAAGAAGUAGAUGCAUUUUUGGAGAAAUCAUUAACUGUCCAGUAUGACAACCGUAAGGAUUUGCCAUAUACCUAUGCCGUGAUACACGAGAUCCAAAGAAACAGCUCCGUUGUUCCAUUUGGCCUACCUCGGCAAAUCACAGAGGACAUCAAACUACAGGGCUAUCAAAUUAAAAAGGGUACAGUUGUUGUAACAUCUUUGGCAUCUGCACUCCAUGAUCCCAACAUCUGGAAAUCUCAUGAAACAUUCUACCCAUCUAACUUCCUAGACAACAAUGGCAAUUUUCAGUGCAAUGAUGCCUUCCUACCAUUCUCUGCAGGGCACCGUGUAUGUUUAGGGGAACAAAUGGCAAAGAUGGAACUCUUUAUUUUCUUCACAAGCUUAAUGUAUGCAUUUAACUUCUGCUUUUCCCAGGGAAGUAAAGUCAAUACAAAUGGGAUACUUGGGACAACAUUCACGCCUCACCCAUAUCAAAUUUGCGCCAUCCCUCGGUAAAU